AUGGGUAUCCAUCUAAUUACAUACAUUGAACCACCUGGCAGAUCAAGCCAUAUGCAUAAUCUGAAUCACUGUGUCUAUUUGGCUAAGAAAAAACCACGUAUAAUCUCUGCCACAGCAGCAGACACAAGCCUGCUCUCUAUCAUCACAAGUCAUGUCAGUAAUAUAACCAGGGACCUAGAUGUAGAUAUCCACAUGGAUCACACUGAUACAGAUACUAACGAUGAUAAUAAUGAUAGUAGUGAUCAGGAAGAAGAAGAAGAAGAAGAAGAAGAAGAAGAUAAUAAUGAUGACGACAACGACGAUGAUGAUGAAGCCUAUAGACGGAGAAGUUUGCUAAGAAGACCAAGAAAUAUCCCAUUAAGAAGAUCUCUAGUCUCUUCACUGGUUCGCAAACCUUCUGCAACAACCGUGCCUAGUACUUACAAGAGGUUUGUUACAUACGGCUGUCGACAUUGCAGAAAUCAUCUGUCUUCUUCCCUGCAAAUCAUUUCUAAGGAUUAUAGAGGGAAGACUGGGGACGCAUACCUGAUCUCUUCCGUCUGUAACGUUUUAGAAGAUAAAGUAGAAACUAGGUCAAUGUUGACCGGUGAAUAUCUCGUAUGCGAUAUCGUUUGUAAUCUUUGCAAAAGAGUGCUGGGUUGGAAGUAUCUUAAGAGUGAAAGAAAAGAACAACGCUAUAAAGAGGGGAAAUAUAUCCUUGAAGUCAAAACUAUUUGUAGAUGUAAUUAA